AUGGAUGACUGGGAUACCCCUCGACCUAAGCCCGUCCCUCGCGAGACCGUCGUGAGGGGUAAGAGCGCUCUUAACGCUGCUGCACGCAAGGGUGCCAUCGUCGCGACCGAGAAGAAGUACGCAUCUACCAACGCCGCAGGAUCCAACGUCGAGGGCCAGCGCCUGACCAAGGUCGACCGCUCCGACGACAUCAUCAAGCCCAACACUGUUGGCAAGGAUGUCGGCACCGCCAUCUCCAAAGCCCGCUCCCUGAUUGAGCCCAAGAUGACUCAGAAGGAUCUUGCCACCAAGUGCAACACCACUCCCACAGUCAUCGCUAACUUCGAGCGAGGGACCGCCGCACCUGAUCAGAAGAUUCUCAGCGCCAUGGAGAGGGUUCUAAACGUCAAGCUGAGGGGUAACGACAUUGGCGCCCCCAAGUUCGCCCCCAAGAAGAAGUAA